AUGGCAUACCACCUCGAAGCUAUUUCCUCGUUUCUGUAUGUGGGCCUUGGAUGCCUGAUUGCCUCGUCUGUGGCACUAAGUACAGAUACUGGAAGUGAAGGCAACGCUGGUAGCGUCGGUGGCUCAACCCUAAAUAAUGUCAUCAGCGAAGAUCCCGAGUUCACGGAUGUGAUCGAGAAUAUCACUGUGCCCGCGGGGCGAAACGUAAAGUUAGCUUGCUCUGUCAAGAACCUGGGAACCUAUAAGGUUGCGUGGAUGCACUUCGAGCAGUCGGCCAUUCUCACCGUUCACAACCACGUGAUAACGCGUAAUCCGAGGAUUAGUGUCACCCACGAUAAGCACGACAAGCACCGCACCUGGUUCCUGCAUAUCAACAAUGUCCAGGAGGAGGACAGGGGCCGAUACAUGUGCCAAAUCAAUACGGUUACGGCCAAGACCCAGUAUGGAUUUGUCAAAGUAGUGGUGCCGCCCAAUAUAGACGACGCCCUGACCUCCAGUGACAUCAUCGUGCGCGAGGGCGAUAACGUUACGCUGCGCUGCAAGGCGAAAGGUAGUCCGGAGCCGACCAUCAAGUGGAAACGCGAUGACGGCAAUAAAAUCGUUGUCAACAAGACGCUCGAGGUGCACGACUUGGAGACGGACUCCCUGGAGCUGGAGCGCAUUUCGCGACUGCACAUGGGCGCCUAUCUGUGCAUCGCCUCGAAUGGAGUGCCGCCCAGCGUGUCCAAGCGGAUCAAAGUCAGCGUGGACUUUUCGCCAAUGGUCUGGAUACCACAUCAGCUGGUGGGCAUUCCCAUUGGGUUCAACAUCACGCUGGAGUGCUUCAUCGAGGCGAAUCCGACAUCACUUAACUAUUGGACGCGGGAAAACGAUCAAAUGAUCACUGAGUCAUCGAAGUACAAAACCGAGACCAUUCCCGGCCAUCCCUCGUACAAGGCGACCAUGCGGCUCACGAUUACCAACGUCCAGAGCAGCGAUUACGGCAACUACAAGUGCGUCGCCAAAAAUCCUCGCGGCGACAUGGACGGCAACAUAAAGCUCUACAUGUCCAGUCCGCCGACAACACAACCGCCGCCCACAACCACAACGCUGCGGCGGACAACAACAACCGCGGCGGAAAUCGCGCUGGACGGCUACAUGAACACGCCCCUGAAUGGCAUUGGCAUUGUGGGCGAAGGACCCACAAAUUCGGUGAUUGCGUCCGGCAAAUCGAGCAGUAAAUACCUAUCGAAUCUGAACGAGAUUGACAAGUCGAAGCAGAAGCUGACGGGCAGCAGUCCCAAGGGAUUCGACUGGUCCAAGGGCAAGAGCAGUGGGAGUCAUGGCAUCCUAGUGGCCUCCAGUUGGCCCCUCAUCCGCGGGAUCCUUGCGCUCCUCGCGCUGCUGGCGAGGCACUCUUGUGGUUGAGAAUUAUGUGCGAUUUCAUAUUAAUAAAGUGCCAUUACAAAACAGUCGAAAUGAAAGGUGUACGAAGUCGAUGCAUACGAUUAGCCAUAGCAACAGUGUAAUUAAUUAAGCGAAUUGCAAUUUACAAACGUUAACGAAGUCAGGCUUUGGUUUGCCCCCAAACUCCCACUGCAGCCCAUUAAUAUUUGAUUACGUUUGGUGCCGAAAACCACAGCAUGUUUUUAGGCAAACAAAGCUACUAAAUUAAUGAACCUCGCACAUUUUUGUUUGCAACUCGUUCGGAAGCACUCUUAAAUAUUUUCUACACAUUCGUUUAGUUCACAAUUGCUAAUCAGUUCACAUCUAUCGGUGAGGGUAUACGAAGAAUGUAGCAAAAAGCAUUUCAGCGGCGACAAAGCAAACCAAAACACAUAAAUCCCUGGUUAGUUAGAUAUAAAAUCAAUUAAUUUACAUAAACAAGUGAACAAAUAUACCCUUCAAAUGAUGCCAAAUUGUUAAAAAGCGAGCACUCACCUGCAAGCAAACUGUAAAUAAACGCGUAUAUGCAUGGAUAAAGCCCGAAUGCAAUUGUAAAUUAUGUACUCGUUAUAGGCAUUAGAAAUGGAUGUUCAUUUGUACGAGAGUAGGCAUCAAACCAUUCAAAAACUAGAUAUUUAACAGGAAAAAGAAAGGCUUAAAUACUCUGAACAAAACAGGCACCUAAAAUGCAUUAAUCAAAAACCAUUAACCUACAUAAGUAAAUAAGCAAAUAUGAAUUACGAAUAUUCACGAUUGAAGCGACAACUGUUGAUACAUAAUUUAGUUAGCUGAUCAGUUAAGAAGGGUUUACAUUUGAGAAAUAAUCGAGUUGCCAUAAAGCCAAAUCCAAAUAUGUAAGUUCUAAACUACUCAUACAGAAGUAUAUAUAUAUAUAUAUUUAAAUACCUACAUAUAUCAUAGGCCUUAGUUUGUGUUUCUUAGCGAUAAGAGUGAUAAUGUAUAUUUAUUAACUUGC